GGUGGUUGACACCGGAUGUAUUUCCUUCCAGACUAAGCCCACCUUCCGGUCCGGGUGCUUCGCUGAGGAAACGUCGGUUCUGGUUUUCCGAGUGGAUUUUGACCAUGGCUGCGGAGUCUGAUGUUCUGCACUUCCAGUUCGAACAGCAAGGAGAUGCAGUCUUGCAGAAAAUGAAUCUCUUGAGACAGCAGAAUUUAUUUUGUGAUGUAUCAAUUUAUAUUAAUGACACUGAGUUCCAGGGGCACAAGGUGAUAUUUGCUGCUUGCUCCACUUUCAUGAGAGAUCAGUUUUUACUCACACAGUCAAAACAUGUCAGAAUUACCAUCUUGCAGAGUGCAGAAGUUGGCAGAAAAUUGUUGCUCUCUUGCUAUACUGGAGCACUUGAAGUGAAAAGGAAAGAGCUUUUGAAAUACUUGACUGCUGCUAGUUACCUUCAGAUGGUUCACAUUGUGGAAAAGUGCACAGAAGCUUUGUCAGGAUACCUGGAAAUUGACCUUUCUAUGAAAAACAACAAUCAACAUACCGACCUGUGUCAAUCCUCUAACCCAGAUGUUAAAAAUGAGGAAGAAAAUGCAGAUAAGGACUGUGAGAUCAUCGAAAUUUCAGAAGAUAGUCCUGUAAACAUAGAUUUCCACGUUAAAGAAGAGGAAAGCAAUGUGUUGCAGUCUACAGUAGAGAGCUUGACGUCAGAGAGACAGGAAAUGAAGUCACCAGAGCUGUCUUCAGUUGAUAUAGGUUUUAAAGACAAUGAAAUUUGUAUCCUCCGUGUGGAAUCUAUAAAUACCGAUGGUGUAGAAAAUGGGCAGUUUUCACAGCCUUGUACCUCUUCAAAAGCAAGCAUGUAUUUCUCUGAAACACAGCAUUCACUGAUCAAUUCUACGGUUGAGAGCAGGGUGGCAGAAGUUCCUGGGAACCAAGAUCAGGGCUCAUUUUGUGGGAAUACUGAAGGAAGUCAUGGAACAGCAAAUGAGAUUCAGAACCUGGAAGAUAUUUAUUCACUGAGGCACCAGUGCCCCAGGUGUCCACGAGGAUUUCUUCAUGUUGAAAAUUAUCUGCGCCACCUUAAGAUGCAUAAACUGUUCUUGUGCCUACAGUGUGGGAAAACAUUUACACAGAAGAAAAAUCUCAACCGGCACAUUCGAGGGCACAUGGGCAUACGGCCCUUUCAGUGUACUGUGUGCUUGAAGACAUUUACCGCUAAAAGCACGUUGCAGGACCACUUGAACAUACAUAGUGGGGAUCGGCCAUACAAAUGCCAGUGUUGUGACAUGGAUUUCAAGCACAAAUCUGCCCUGAAAAAGCAUGUGACCUCUGUGCAUGGCCGGAGCAGUGGUGAAAAAAAUACCUAUUCAUGAUCUCAAAAAACAAAAUCUAUUAUAAGUAGAAUCACACCUUGCUAUGGAAGUUAUGUUAGGCAAGUCUUUCUGUAGAAAUG